AUGUUUGGCCCACGAACCAAACAAACGUACGCAGCCUCGAACCCCAAGCCGCACACUCACCAUGUGGUAUUCCGUCACUUCCAGAGCCCAUCUUCACGUAUCCGCCUCUUUUCGUCCACGCGGCUCAUCCUUCAGCAAAAUCAGCGCAAGACGAAUAGCGAUUCGGGCGUUUCCAACAGGGGCGAAAUUCAAGAGGAGCCCCGCGACGAGGACGAGGACGAUUUCAAAAAAAGUGACAAGGCGGCCAAGGCUGCUGAGGUAAAUUUAUCAGCGAGACUGUCCAAAGAAGGGAAAUCUCAAAGCAAGGCUGGGCUUGGGGAGAUAUGGAGGCUCAUAAAGGUCGCCCGGCCAGAGAUCCGAUGGCUUGGGCUAGCCUUCUGUUUCCUCGUGAUAUCUUCUAGUGUCACAAUGUCUAUUCCCUUCUCUGUGGGCCGCAUCUUGGAUCUUGCCACAAAGGGCGAUGUUGACGAUAUACGUUUGUUUGGCCUUACUCUGAAUCAAUUCUUUAUCGGCCUUGGUGCCAUCCUUACCUUAGGCGCGAUGGCGAAUUUUGGCAGGGUUAUUCUGCUCCGAAUCGUUGGUGAGCGGGUCGUUGCCAGAUUGCGAUCGCAGUUGUACAGGCGCACGUACGUGCAGGAUGCGGAAUUUUUUGAUGCGAACCGAGUCGGAGAUCUCAUAUCACGACUCAGCUCGGACACUGUCAUUGUCGGCAAGUCGGUAACGCAAAAUCUGAGCGACGGUCUCCGAGCAUUGUUUAGCGGUGGCGCUGGUUUCGCCAUCAUGGUCUGGACAAGCCCCAAGCUGACUGGAUUGCUUCUUCUAAUGUUUCCGCCCAUAGCAGUGGGCGCCGUCCUUUACGGCCGUGCAAUUCGUAAUAUUAGCAGGACAAUCCAAAAGAACUUGGGUACUCUCACCAAAAUCGCGGAAGAGCGUCUUGGAAAUAUUAAAACAAGCCAAGCCUUUGUCGGCGAAGUUCAAGAGGUUGGCCGUUACAACAAACAAAUCAGAAGAAUAUUCGCCCUUGGGAAAAAGGAAUCUCUAAUCGCCGCCACUUUUUUCGCUUCAACCGGUUGGGCUGGCAACAUGACCAUCCUGGCCAUGCUGAUUGUUGGAGGCAGUUUUGUUCGUUCGGGCGCCAUGUCUCUAGGCGACCUUACUUCGUUCAUGAUGUACACUGCUUUCGCUGGCUCAAGUCUCUUUGGACUUUCAGGGUUCUAUUCAGAACUCAUGAAGGGAGUUGGAGCGGCGAGCAGGCUUUUUGAGCUCCAGGAUCGUCGUCCAGGUAUUCACCAAACGGUUGGCGUUCGAGUCAAGUCUGCACAAGGCCCCAUCAAGUUCAGUGAUGUCAGCUUCGCCUACCCCACGCGACCGGCAGUCAAGAUCUUCAACGGAUUGAACUUUGAGAUUCCAUCAGGGAGCAACGUCUGUGUGGUAGGGCCCUCGGGCGGUGGUAAAUCCACGGUUGCUUCACUACUGCUCAGGUUUUAUAAUCCAACAUCUGGGUCAAUCACCAUCAACGGAGUCGACGUAUCAACCAUGAAUGUCAAAUCUUUAAGACGGCGGAUUGGGAUGGUGUCACAGGAACCGGUACUGUUUUCUGGCACGAUUGCUGAGAAUAUUGCAUAUGGCAAGCCGAGUGCAAGCCGAAUGGAGAUUAUUGCAGCUGCACGAAGAGCCAAUUGCAACUUUAUCAGCGACCUUCCCGAUGGCCUGGAAACCCAAGUGGGGGCUAGAGGAUCACAAUUGUCUGGUGGACAAAAGCAGCGUAUUGCAAUUGCUCGAGCUUUGCUCAAGGACCCGGAUAUCCUCAUUCUUGAUGAAGCUACGUCGGCUUUGGACGCAGAGUCAGAGACGCUCGUUAAUGAAGCUCUAGCCGGACUGUUGCGUGGCCACAACACAACUAUAUCCAUUGCACAUCGACUGUCGACAAUUAAGAGAUCGGACCAAAUCAUUGUUCUCAAUAACGAAGGCAAGGUGGCAGAGAUUGGAAGCUACAGCCAACUUGCUGCAGAUAAGCAUAGCGCAUUCAGCAAAUUGAUGGAAUGGCAGAUGAGCGGCGGCGAGAUUCCAGAGAAGCGACCAUCUAAUUCUGGCCCGGGGAUCACUGAGGCAGAGGAAAUAGAGGAUGACCUAGCACGCGAAGAAGACUUUCAUGAAGAACCAGGAAAGGAGCGCAAAGACCAACAAGAACGAGAAGAGAAAGGGGUGCAGCAACGUCGGUAA